GGGGCGGAAGCGGCGGCGCUGCCAUGGCGCUGAACCUCAGCAAGAACGGGCCGGCGCUGCAGGAGGCCUACGGGCGCGUGGUGGCGGCCGGCAGCCCCACCGACUGGGCUCUGUUUACGUAUGAAGGCAACAGCAACGACCUGCGAGUGGCGGGCUCCGGAGAUGGUGGCCUGGAGGAGAUGGUGGAGGAGCUCAACAGCGGGAAGGUGAUGUAUGCCUUCUGUAGGGUGAAGGACCCCAACUCCGGCCUGCCCAAAUACGUCCUCAUCAACUGGACUGGUGAAGGUGUGAAUGACAUAAGAAAAGGAGCCUGCGCCAACCACGUCAGCACUGUAGCAAACUUCUUAAAGGGGGCUCAUGUGACCAUAAACGCUCGUGCCGAGGAGGACGUGGAGCCCGAACUCAUCAUGGAGAAGGUUGCCAAGGCUUCCGGGGCAAACUACAACUUCCACAAAGAAACCAGCAAGUUCCAGGAUUCAGGCCCUCAAGCUCCGGUGGGCUCCGUCUAUCAGAAGACAAACGCCAUGUCCGAAAUCAAGAGAGUCAAUAAAGACAAUUUCUGGGCUAAAGCUGAGAAAGAUGAGGAAAACCGCCGGCUGGAGGAGAAGAGGAGAGCAGAAGAGGAGCGUCAGAGGCUAGAACGAGAGCGUCGAGAGCGGGAGUUGCAGGAAGCAGCCAGCCGAGAGCAGAGAUAUAAAGCGAGGUCCAAUGAAAUCGAGGCCCAGAAGAGAUUCCAGCAGCAGCAGGAAGCGGAGAACAGGGACAAGGAGCAGCAGCAAUGGAAGGAGCAAGCGGAGGAGUACGAGGCCAGGCAGCGGAAGGGCUUCAAGAGGAGCGAAUCCGUGGAGAAAGCCCAGGAGGCUGCGUCGCUGAUAGCGCAGAGGUCCGUGAACCCCCGGGACAUCUUCAAGCAGAGAGAGAGGUCCGCGCCUGCGGAGGCGGCGACGGCUUCCCAGCCAGGCAAGUUGCGCAGCCCUUUCCUGCAGAAGGAGCCCAACUCGGCGCCGCCGCCGCCUGCCUCCCCCGUCUCGUCGGCCGCGCGGGACGCUCCGUCGCCCUCCUUUGCCCACCCCUCCGCUCAGGAGACUCCUCCGGCCUCUCCGGGAGCUGCAGCAGGGCAAGACGCCGGGUACAGUCCGAGCGUGCCGGUUACCCACGCGGAAGAGGCAGACCUGUACGAGGAGCCGCCCGACGACGCGGCCAUCUACGAAGAACCUCCUCAGGAGCAGGGUGACAGUGCCAAGUACGAGUAUCCUGCCGAGUACCAGCAGACGCCGGACCUGACGGGGAAGGGGCUGUGCGCUCGGGCGCUCUACGACUAUCAAGCUGCUGAUGACACCGAGAUCUCCUUCGACCCGGAGAACAUCAUCACCAACAUCGAGAUGAUCGACGAAGGCUGGUGGCGCGGCUACGGGCCCGACGGCCACUUCGGCAUGUUCCCCGCCAACUACGUGGAACUGAUAGAGUAAGGGAGCGGCGGGAGGCGCUCGCGCCCCGGCCCCCGAAACGCCGGCUUCCGACCCCGACUCUGCCAAGCCGUGUGUGGCUUUUCUUUCUUUUUUUUUAUUUUUAAAAAAAUCUUUUUUUCUUUUCUUUUAUCCCCCCCCCAAGUGAAGUGCCAUUGCCCCGCUCUGCUGGCACCGGGGCCGAGCCGGGGCGCCGCUCUCCCCCAAAACCCACUGGCGGGCUCCCAAGCGGUACGUCCGAACGGGGAUCGCGGCCAAGUACCGCAGCCUGCCCUCGGAGCCCCCCACCCCCCAAAACACAGCUAGGGGCCACGCCGGCCCCCAGGGCAGCUCCUUAUUCCCCUUUAUUUUUUUAAGGAAGGAGGUUUUUUUUUCCCUUUUCUCCCCGCUGUCGCUAGCUGGAGAGGGUUUCUCAGUCCUUCCCGCUCCCCAGGGCGAUGCUUCGGGGCUUUGCGCGGGGUGCGGGCAAGCUUUGGUGCGGGGGCGAUCAAGCAAGGCCAAAGUGUUUUGAGUUUCUUGGGGUGGGGGGGGGGUUGGUUUGGGGGUUUCUUUUUAAAAUGGGAAGCUCCCGGUGUGAGCGCGGGAUCCAUCUCCCCUCCGUCACCCCCAAAAUUCACUGUGAACAAGGAAGAGCCCAGUCUGGCUGUCGCAACCCUC